AUUGUGGCACAAAUUGUAUUAAAAAGCACAAUAACCACAAAUUAGUAAACAACACGGAAAUUAUAAUUGAUAAUAAAGAGACACUUCCUUUGGAACUUUUAAAGGGUGCGGUUCUAAGCUCGCUAUUUUGAUUUUGUCGCCACUUUUCUCUUCACUUCCGUGCGUGAUUUUCAUUAAGGCAGUUGCAGUACAUAUCAGCACUUUUUAAUUUUGCAUGAUAGCUUGUAAACUGUUUACUUAAAAAAAGUUAUAUAUUUGGACUUUUAUCUUCGUUUCUGCCCUAAAGAUUUAAUUAUUUUCAAUUUUGUAAUGCCAUCCGCAGGCUUCCUAUCAGUACAACCGAGUUUGAUCAUAUUUCCAAAACUGAUUAACAAAUAACAACACGUCGCGUUGAUAAUAAAAUCAAUCUGCCCUUAUCAACCAUCAAUGAAACAAUGCGGCGGCUUUAACCAUAUUCCUUAUAUUAGCGUUAAUAAGCCUACUCUUUUAAUUGAUUUCAAACUAUAAAAUUGAGAAGAGGAAAUGGAAUCAUUCUUAUCGUGUAUGCAACCAAAGGAAAUUGAUCAUAUAUGCCGCACAUGUGGUUUCGUACGAGCGAAACCUGGCCGCUAUUCCUUACAUGACUCUAUACCUUUGAAUACGGGCCCGCCAAAAACUUACGGGGAACUUCUAAGUAAUUUAUUAAAAAAUAAUCUUGCUAUGGAGACAGAAAAUAUUAUGCCUCAACGGUUGUGUAUCAAGUGUGCAAAUUUAUUAAAAAAUGUUUACAUCUUCAUUUUGGAAGCGAGAAAAUUACAUGAAAAAUAUUCAAGUCAACAAUGGUAUUUAGAAAAUGUUCUGAAGAAUCAAGAUUGUUUACAAGAAAUACCAAUUGAUUUCCCAAAAGGAUCACAAAUAAUAGUAGACAUGAAGACGGAGCCGCAGCCCUCUACAAAUCUGCUAAAUUCUGAAUACGUAGAAACCGGAGUAAAACUUGAAGAGUCGAAUGCAAAGGUCAAAAAAGGAGAGGAAACUAAAAACGCUGAUGAACACUCACUAAGCGACGUGAUUGUAAAAUUUGAAUAUAACGGGGAGGCGAAAAGCUCCCGAGUCGUAGGUGAUAAUAUCAAGAAAAAUAUUGUGAAUAAUUCCCAACAAAGUGAUGAUAAUCAAGAAUGCCACUUAGCAAUUGCUGAUGGGGAAGAUACUAAAGAAAUUAACGGUAACAAGGGAUCGAUCCAGCGACACUUAGCUGUACGUUGCGAUUUGUGUGAUAAAAUUUAUAUAAAUUAUAAGGCUUUUGCUACCCACAAAACAUAUGCCCAUAUGACUGAUGAGAAAAAGUUACGUUGUGCUGUGUGUGGUUUUAAAACAAGUCGAAUAUCUUCCUUAAAAGUUCACCUGACCACUAUACACGGACCCGAAUGCGUGGAAAAGUAUAUUAAACCGAAAAACGAUCGCGUAAAAAAUUUUGGUUGCGAUCUGUGCUCACGCAAGUACUGUCGUAAAGACGAUCUACAAAAACACGUCAAGAAAAAACACGUUAAUGGUUCGAGAGUAGAAAAACAAAAACUACGCGGAAAUGUAGAAAAACGGAAAGAUUUUCAUUUAUGUAACUUUUGCGGGCAAUCGUUUACGACGUACAGCAGUUUGCAAAUACACUCUAGGAAACAUACCGGUGAACGACCCUUUAAAUGUGAUUUAUGUGAAAAGGCAUUUAUGAGGCAGCAGGAUAUGAAAUUGCAUCGUGUCAUACAUAGCGAUGAAAAGCCUCAUCAAUGUUUUGAAUGUGGUAAAUCGUUUAAAAGAUCCGAUAAACUUCGCGACCAUAUGCGGGUGCAUUCGGAACUUCGUCCUCACAAAUGUACAGAAUGUCAGAAAACAUUUAAAUAUGCAUCUGUACUCAGGACUCACAUGCAUAUACAUACUGGACAAAGGCCAUUUUCAUGUAAAACUUGCGGUGAAAGAUUCUCGCUGAGAACUUCACUCUACGGACAUUGCUUCAAAAGCGGUCAUAUAAAAACACGCAAUCUAAAGGGCAGGAACAUGAAUUUGGUGUGUGAUAUUUCCUAUUCUGCAAAAUUAAAAGAUACAUGUUGUCGAACAUGUAUAAAAACGUCAUCAAGUUAUCAAUCCUUAGAACAGGUCAUUAAUAAUGAUACGGAUCAAGCGAAAACUUACGGUGAAUUAGUAAAGGAUCUAUUGCAAGUGGCAAGUGGAGUAGAUCACGUCUCUACUUUAGAAGAUCAACUGCCUCAAAAAAUUUGCAAAAAAUGUGCUAACUUACUGAGGAAUGUUUACUUAUUUAUAGUAGAAGCUCGAAGGCGGCACGAAGAACUUUUACAAUACCUUUGCGGUAUUAAAUCUGAGGAUUGCUUACAAGAGGUGUCCAUUGAUUUGCCUAAUCUAACGGAAAUGCAAAUAAAGUCAGAACCUGAAAUAAUAGAAACAACGGCAUCUUCUUUAGAAGAUAAGAGCGAGCAAAAUUGCAUAUCAUUGAAACCUGAGCUAAACCAUGACAGUGUUCACGAAACAAAAGAACAUAGCUUAGUGGAUUGCGGUCCGGAGAACUUGCAUAGUGAUGCCAGUGACAUCUCGUCAGUUGCUGAAGACGAUUUAAUGGAUUUUAAUUUAUCUCCAAAAUCAUUGGCAGUACGCUGCGAUAUCUGUGAUAAAGUGUAUAAAAAUGCGAUAGCUUUGACCGCUCAUAAAACUUUUAGUCAUAUGCCUGAAGAAAAAAAAAUUCCUUGCGCUUUGUGCAAUUUCAAAACUAGUCGUACAUCAGCCUUUAAAGUUCAUUUAAGGACUAUACACGGCCCAGAAACGGUUGACAAAUACUUCAAGCCACGUAGAGUAUGUAAAGGAAGUUUUUGCUGUACCAUGUGUCCUAAACGAUAUAGUCGAAAAAAUGAUUUGCAGAGGCAUAUUAAAAAGACGCAUGUUAAUGGCGAGAAUUCAGUAAGGAAAGCGGCUAAAUCUGGCCAGAAAUCGAAACAGAAAUACCGCCAGUCUUAUCUUUGCACGUUUUGUGGCCAAUCGUUUGCUGAGAAAUACUAUUUGAGUAUUCAUGCUCGUACUCAUAUUGGUGACAGUCCAUUUAAGUGCGAAUUCUGCGAAAAGUCCUUUAAACGUUCCGAUAGUUUACGAUAUCAUAUGGUCACACACAGUGAUGAAAAGCCACACACUUGUUCAGAAUGUGGCAAAUCAUUCAAACGCAAAGAUAAAUUACGCACGCAUAUGCGCGUUCAUUCAGAAUUACGCCCUUACAAAUGCAGCGAAUGCGAAAAGACUUUCAAGUACUCCUCCGUGCUAAAAACUCAUAUGCAUAUCCAUACCGGUCAGACUCCAUUUUCAUGUAAAAUUUGUGGCGAAAAUUUUUCAUUGCGAACUUCCUUGAAUAUACAUUGUGCGAAGAACGGGCACUUUGAAAUUUAAAAAUUAUACAAAUUUUUCAGUUUUUUUCAAUUAUUAACAUUGUUCAACAGCAUCAGAAAAUUGGCAUCACACUUAGGGGUA